AUGCAUCUACACCGUCUUUCGUUCUUGGCGGCCGCGGUCAGCUUGGCGGUUCAGCCUGCUGUUGCAGUGCCCCACUCCCCAAGGGCUCAGGAAGGUACUUGCACGAAGACCACGGUUGCCAUCCUGGGUGGUGGAAUGGCAGGCAUUGCUGCCGCACAAGCAUUAACGAACGCUUCGGUACAUGACUUCGCUAUCCUCGAAUACCGCGAUACCAUUGGUGGCCGUGCCUGGCACAAGACUUUUGGCAAAGACAAGGAUGGGAAGCCGUAUACCAUUGAGAUGGGAGCUAACUGGGUUCAAGGCCUUGGAAACCCUGGAGGUCCCCAAAAUCCCAUUUGGAGUUUGGCCCAGAAGUAUCAUCUAAAGACCCACUACUCCAACUAUGACAAUAUCUCAACCUACAACGAGCAUGGCUACAAGGAUUAUAGUCAUCUAUUGGAUGAAUACGAUACUGCAUAUGAUAUUGCCAAUGCAAAGGCUGGGGAGAUCCUCAUCAACAACCUGCAAGAUCAAAAUGCCCAGUCAGGUCUUGCUUUGGCUGGGUGGAACCCGAAGAAGCACGACAUGGAGGCCCAGGCUGUCGAUUGGUGGAAAUGGGAUUUUGAGGACAACUACACCCCGCUUGAAAGCUCUCUUGUAUAUGGCUGCGCUGGCGAUAACCUCACCGUGAACGGGUUCAGCGACCACGACAAUUUUGUCAUCGACUCGCGCGGCUUUAACACAAUCAUCAAGGGAAUGGCUUCUGAGUUUAUGAAGGAGAAUGACCCGCGUCUACACCUCAACACCGAGAUCACCGAGAUUGAGUAUGGCAAGGACGGAGUCACCAUCCACAAUAAGGACGGCAGCUGUGUCAGCACUGCGUAUGCCAUCUGUACAUUUUCACUGGGCGUUUUGCAGAAUGACGCGGUGAAAUUUACCCCUGAUCUGCCCGAGUGGAAGCAAACUGCUAUUCAAAAAUUCACGAUGGGAACCUACACCAAGAUCUUCAUGCAGUUCAACGAGACCUUCUGGCCGACCAACACCCAGUAUUUCCUCUACGCCGACCCGGCCAUGCGCGGCUGGUAUCCUGUCUUCCAGUCUCUUUCUAUGCCCGAGUUUUUUCCAGACAGCAACAUUCUCUUCGUGACCGUGACCAACGAGCUCGCGUGGCGCGUCGAGCGACAGUCUGACGAACAAACAAUGCAGGAAAUCAUGGCCGUCCUCCGCAAGAUGUUCCCAGAUCAAGAGAUCCACGAGCCAACCGCUUUUCUCUAUCCGCGCUGGAGCACUGAGCCCUGGUCGUACGGUAGCUACUCGAACUGGCCGCCAUCGACCACCCUCGAGAUGCACGAGAACUUGCGUGCCAACACGGACCGUCUCUGGUUCGCUGGCGAGGCGACGAGCCCGACAUACUUUGGCUUCCUCCACGGUGCUUGGUUCGAGGGCCGAGACGCUGGUCAGAACAUUGCUGCUAUCCUGCAGCGCCGCUGUGUCAAUGCCAACUCGCACAAACUGCGCGAGUGUGGCCCGCGGAGACACUGGGAGACCUUGCAUGGAACCUCGCCACUGGCUGAUUAUAGUGCUCUGACGGGAUGGAUGGUGGACAGUUUCCUUGAUACAAAUACCGAUUAG